GGUACCCAGCUGUGCGGGCCGCCAGCGCCGCGCAGAAGUUUGCCGAGCGCUUUCUCGCCGGCUGGUCCUGGACUCGCGCGGCGCCGCGAGCCGCCUCCUCCUUCUGCCGCCGCCCUGUUCGCUCGGGAUUCCUUCUCUGCGGAGGACAGACGCUCUGCCGGCGGGAAGCUGAGGUGGGCCAGGGGGAGUGCCGAGGAGGAGCGGCGGGGACCGUUCCAGUGACAGCUUCGCUUCGGACACCGGGCGCGUGGGGCCCCGGCCGCCGAGAAUCUCUCCCACCUUCCCCCCGGCCUCCGGGCGGACGAUGUGGACGCCGAGAGGAAGGAGGGCGUCCCGGAGAGCCUAGAGUCUGUUUCUGCCCACUUGGGAAAGGAAGCAUGGAGUUGUGAGCGCCCCUUGCUCGGCGAGGCCGCGACCGGCAGGCUCCCCAUGGCCGGGACGUAUAGCUCCACUCUGAAGACGUUGGAGGACUUGACCUUGGACUCCGGGUAUGGGGCCGGGGACUCGUGCCGCUCACUCAGCCUCUCGUCCUCCAAGUCCAACUCGCAGGCGCUCAACUCUUCGGCGCAGCAGCACCGCGGGGCGGCCUGGUGGUGCUACUCCGGCUCCAUGAACAGCCGCCACAACAGCUGGGACACGGUGAACACGGUGCUGCCCGAGGACCCCGAAGUGGCGGACCUCUUCUCGCGCUGCCCGCGCCUCCCCGAGCUGGAGGAGUUUCCCUGGACGGAGGGAGACGUGGCCCGGGUGCUUCGCAAAGGCGCCGGCGGCCGGCGGCUGCCCCUGUUCUCUGCCGAGGCGGUGCGGCGCCUGGCUGGGCUGCUCCGCAGGGCGCUCAUCCGAGUGGCCCGCGAGGCGCAGCGCCUGAGCGUGCUGCACGCCAAGUGCACCCGCUUCGAGGUGCAGAGCGCCGUGCGCCUGGUGCACAGCUGGGCGCUGGCCGAGAGCUGCGCGCUGGCUGCGGUCAAGGCGCUGUCACUGUAUAGUAUGAGCGCCGGGGACGGGCUGCGCCGGGGCAAGUCCGCGCGCUGUGGCCUCACCUUCUCCGUGGGCCGCUUCUUCCGCUGGAUGGUGGACACCCGCAUCUCCGUGCGCAUCCACGAGUACGCGGCCAUCUCGCUCACGGCCUGCAUGGAGAACCUGGUAGAGGAGAUUCGGGCCAGGGUGCUGGCCAGCCAGAGUCCCGACGGUGGAGGGGCUGGGGGCGGGGAGGUGUCCGCCGAGGCCCUGGAGAUGGUCAUCAACAACGACGCCGAGCUCUGGGGCGUCCUGCAGCCCUAUGAACAUCUCAUCUGUGGCAAGAACGCCAAUGGCGUCCUCUCUCUCCCUGCGUACUUCAGUCCUUACAAUGGCGGGUCCCUGGGCCACGAUGAGCGAGCCGAUGCAUACGCCCAGCUGGAGCUCCGGACCCUGGAGCAGUCCCUCCUGGCCACCUGCGUGGGAAGCAUCUCCGAGCUGAGUGACCUGGUCUCCCGCGCCAUGCAUCACAUGCAGGGGCGCCACCCGCUCUGUCCUGGCUCCAGCCCCGCCCGCCAGGCCCGUCAGCCACCCCAGCCCGUCACCUGGUCCCCUGACGCCCUCCACACGCUCUACUACUUCCUGCGGUGUCCACAGAUGGAGUCCAUGGAGAACCCCAACCUGGACCCCCCGAGGAUGGCUCUGAACAAUGAGCGGCCCUUCAUGCUGCUGCCGCCACUGAUGGAGUGGAUGCGCGUGGCCAUCACCUACGCGGAGCAUCGCCGCAGCCUCACCGUGGACAGCGGCGACAUCCGGCAGGCCGCCCGGCUGCUGCUGCCCGGCCUGGACUGUGAGCCCCGGCAGCUCAAACCCGAGUGCUGUUUCAGCUCCUUCCGGAGGCUGGAUGCCCGAGCGGCUACCGAAAAAUUCAACCAGGACCUGGGUUUCCGCAUGCUCAACUGCGGAAGGACAGACCUCAUCAACCAGGCGAUCGAGGCCCUGGGCCCGGACGGGGUGAACACUAUGGACGACCAGGGUCUGACGCCGCUGAUGUAUGCCUGCGCUGCUGGGGAUGAAGCGAUGGUCCAGAUGUUGAUUGACGCGGGAGCGAACUUGGACAUCCAGGUUCCAAGCAACUCUCCCAGGCACCCCUCCAUCCACCCUGACAGCCGGCACUGGACAUCGCUGACGUUUGCUGUGCUGCACGGACACAUCUCUGUAGUCCAGUUGCUACUGGAUGCCGGUGCCCACGUGGAGGGCUCAGCAGUGACUGGCGGUGAGGACAGCUACACGGAGACACCGCUGCAGCUAGCCUCUGCAGCUGGGAACUACGAGCUGGUCAGCUUGUUGCUGAGCCGAGGCGCUGAUCCCUUACUCAGCAUGCUGGAAGCCAAUGGCAUGGCCUCCUCCCUCCAUGAGGAUAUGAACUGCUUCAGCCACUCAGCCGCCCAUGGCCACAGGAACGUCCUGAGGAAGCUUCUGACCCAGCCUCAGCAGGCCAAAGCGGACGUGCUGUCCCUGGAGGAGAUCCUGGCCGAAGGUGUGGAGGAGAGUGACGCAUCCAGCCAGGGCAGCGGCAGUGAGGGGCCCGUGCGGCUGAGCCGGACCCGCACGAAGGCCCUGCAGGAGGCCAUGUACUACAGUGCUGAGCACGGCUACGUGGACAUCACCAUGGAGCUGAGGGCGCUGGGCGUCCCCUGGAAGCUGCACGUCUGGAUCGAGUCCCUGAGGACCUCCUUCUCCCAGUCGCGGUACUCGGUGGUGCAGAGCCUCCUGCGGGACUUCAGCUCCAUCAAGGAGGAGGAAUACAACGAGGAGCUGGUGACCGAGGGCUUACAGCUCAUGUUCGACAUCCUCAAGACCAGCAAAAACGACUCCGUCACCCAGCAGCUGGCUGCCAUCUUCACGCACUGCUAUGGCAGCAGCCCGGUCCCCAGCAUUCCAGAGAUCCGGAAGACCCUGCCCGCCAGGCUUGAUCCUCACUUUCUGAACAACAAGGAGAUGUCAGAUGUGACCUUCCUAGUGGAAGGAAAGCUGUUUUAUGCGCAUAAAGUCCUGCUGGUGACGGCUUCUAACAGGUUCAAGACGCUGAUGACCAAUAAAUCAGAACAGGAUGGCAACGGCAGCAAAACCAUUGAGAUCAGCGACAUGAAGUACCACAUUUUUCAGAUGAUGAUGCAGUAUUUGUACUACGGAGGAACAGAAGCCAUGGACAUCCCGGCCUCCGACAUCCUGGAGCUGCUGUCAGCCGCCAGCUUGUUCCAGCUGGAUGCCCUACAGAGGCACUGCGAGAUCCUGUGCUCCCAGACCCUCAGCGUGGAGAGCGCCGUGAACACGUACAAGUACGCCAAGAUCCACAAUGCCCCUGAACUGGCCCUGUUCUGUGAAGGCUUCUUCCUCAAGCACAUGAAGGCCCUACUUGAGCAGGACUCCUUCCGGCAGCUCAUCUACGGCCGCAACAGCAAAGUGCAGGGCCUGGACCCGCUGCAGGACCUGCAGAGUACCCUGGCCGAGCGCGUGCACUCUGUCUACAUCACCUCCCGGGUGUGAGGGGGCUGGGCGCACACAGGUCGGCACACCCAGCCCCCUCUGGGCCAGGGGUCUGUCUCUAGGCAUCCCAGCGGGUGUGAAAGGCUGGGAGCAAGUGCUUCCGGGCCAUCUGAACG